AUGGACUCGAACGUAGAGGAAACGGAACUGGACGUCGGAUCAGCGAGCGACGAACUCGAGUCAUCGAUCGGGGAAUCGAAAUUGCCGCGGCGACCCACUCCGAAACCCUUCACGAUCGAGAGUCUGAUCGGGAAUUGUGGUACACAGAAAGGAAACUGCGAUCCAGGGACCCAGGGAGAGAGAGCGAACGAGAACGAAGAGGAUUCUGAUCGAGAUAGAGAAUAUCUUUAUCAGAGACACUAUUUGGCGACAGCAGCUGCCAGCGCACUGCCUCCUGGUUUUGGAGUGCCACUCGGUUUGUACGGUGCAUGGCUACCGAUGCGGAUGUACGGCAGUGGAGGCGCUUCCGGUGUCCCGAUGUUACCGGCGCACACCUCCGCCAGUUACCCGUCCCAUCAGGAUCUCUAUCAGAAUCGGCUGUCGCAGCAUCUCGGUCCAGGAACGAACCAUCUUCAAGGUGCGGCUUAUCCCACCGCUUGUCAGCGUGGCUCGAAUCAUCGUGGCUCGGCCAGCUUCACCGAUAGCGAGGACGAUGGUAGUAUCGAUUCACCGGCAUCACCUGCACAUGAUCUGUCUAAAUCGAGACACGGUUCCGAAAAUGGUCGCGCCUCGGCGGACAGCGAGGACGAAGGCGGAGGGUUGGGCAUGGCUGGCGAGGGUCACGACGCCACGGACACGAUGUCCAGCAACGCGUCCAGCAACGUGAGUCCCGGAGGGUCGCUAGAAAACGGGCAGAGCACGUCAACCAGCGGGUCCAACAACAACAAGGCCAGACGCAGGCGGACGGCCUUCACCUCUGAGCAAUUGCUGGAACUGGAACGAGAGUUCCACGCGAAGAAGUACCUCAGCCUCACCGAGAGAUCGCACAUCGCCCACGCUCUGAAGCUGUCAGAGGUCCAGGUGAAGAUCUGGUUCCAGAAUCGGAGGGCCAAGUGGAAAAGGGUGAAGGCAGGACUAAGUGGCAGCGGAGUUGGGUCCGGUGGAAGCAGCAUGGCGACCGCAGGUGCCUCCAGCAGACACAACGGAGCUGCUGGCCAACACUCCGGGAACGGGACCAGGAUCGUAGUGCCGAUCCCGGUGCACGUCAGUCGGUUGGCAGUGAGAUCUCACCACCAUCAUCUGGAGAAGUGCGCCAGGCCCCCCAGAGUUAGACCCACGAACGAGAGUCCCACGUCCGGCGCUUCGACGUCCGUUCUGGGAGACGCUCUUGGAUUGGUCAAUUCCUCUAUCAACCUGACCGGUCAGGUGCAGAGUCCUCUGAACAGCGGAGUCGGGAUCGGGGUCGGGGUCGGACUAAGAGCAUUCACGGUUCCGUCUCAUCGCGGUGGACUCAGUUCUUCCGGCAGGUAG